UGCAUCAUGUCUGGAAGAGGCAAAGGAGGAAAGGGACUCGGGAAAGGAGGCGCCAAGCGUCACCGCAAAGUUUUGCGCGAUAACAUCCAGGGCAUCACCAAGCCCGCCAUCCGUCGUCUCGCUCGCCGCGGCGGAGUGAAACGUAUCUCCGGUCUCAUCUACGAGGAGACUCGCGGUGUGUUGAAGGUGUUUCUGGAGAACGUGAUCCGUGACGCCGUCACCUACACUGAGCACGCCAAGAGAAAGACCGUCACCGCCAUGGACGUCGUGUACGCGCUGAAGCGACAGGGACGCACUCUGUACGGAUUCGGAGGUUAAACGUGUUUAUU